UGUAAGAUGGCGACGCAUCACAGGCAGAAUGCAGCGGGGCGCAGGAAAGUGCAGGUGUCAUAUGUGAUCAGAGAUGAAGUGGAGAAAUAUAAUCGUAAUGGAGUCAAUGCACUACAGCUGGAUCCAGCUCUUAACCGGCUCUUCACGGCCGGGCGAGACUCCAUUAUUAGGAUAUGGAGCGUCAACCAGCACAAGCAGGAUCCUUACAUUGCAUCAAUGGAGCAUCACACAGACUGGGUGAAUGACAUCGUCCUCUGCUGCAAUGGAAAGACAUUGAUUUCAGCAUCAUCAGACACUACAGUGAAGGUCUGGAACGCACAUAAGGGCUUCUGUAUGUCAACACUGCGAACGCACAAGGACUAUGUUAAAGCGUUAGCGUAUGCUAAAGACAAAGAGCUGGUGGCUUCAGCCGGGCUGGACAGACAGAUCUUCCUCUGGGAUGUGAACACACUGACAGCGCUGACCGCAUCCAAUAACACUGUCACUACAUCUUCUCUCAGCGGGAACAAGGACUCCAUUUACAGUUUGGCCAUGAAUCAGAUGGGGACGGUUAUAGUUUCGGGAUCCACUGAAAAGGUUCUGAGAGUGUGGGAUCCACGAACCUGUGCCAAACUCAUGAAACUGAAGGGACACACAGACAACGUCAAAUCCUUGCUGCUCAACAGAGACGGCACUCAGUGUCUGUCAGGCAGUUCAGACGGGACGAUCCGGCUCUGGUCUUUGGGUCAGCAGCGGUGCAUCGCCACCUACCGCGUCCAUGAUGAAGGCGUGUGGGCUCUGCAGGUUAACGAGGCCUUCACACACGUUUACUCCGGCGGACGCGACCGCAAAAUAUACUGCACUGACCUGCGCAAUCCUGACAUACGGGUGCUCGUCUGCGAAGAGAAAGCACCGGUCCUGAAGAUGGAGCUGGACCGGUCAGCAGAUCCACACAACGCCAUCUGGGUUUCCACCACAAAGUCCACAGUGAACAAAUGGUCUCUGAAGGGUAUCCAUAAUUUCCGAGCGUCUGGAGAUUAUGAUAAUGACUGCAGUGCUCCACUGACGCCGCUCUGCACACAGCCUGAGCAGGUCAUCAAAGGUGGCGCCAGUAUAAUUCAGUGCCACAUUCUGAAUGACAAGAGACACAUUCUGACCAAAGACACCAAUAAUAAUGUGGCAUACUGGGAUGUGCUGAAGGCCUGUAAAGUUGAAGAUUUGGGCAAGAUGGAGUUUGAUGAGGAGAUCAAGAAGCGCUUCAAGAUGGUUUAUGUGCCCAACUGGUUUUCAGUGGACCUGAAGACUGGGAUGUUGACUAUAACGCUGGACGAAAGCGACUGUUUUGCAGCCUGGGUUUCUGCUAAAGAUGCUGGAUUCAGCAGUCCUGACGGAUCCGACCCCAAAUUGAAUCUGGGUGGGCUGCUGCUUCAGGCUCUGCUCGAGUUUUGGCCACGCACACACAUAAACCCUAUGGAUGAGGAGACCGAACUCAACCACAGCAGUGUGAACGGUGAACAUGAGAGUCGAAUACAGAAGGGAAACGGAUAUUUCCAGGUUCCUCCACACACACCGGUGAUAUUCGGGGAAGCAGGAGGAAGGACGUUAUUUAGACUGUUGUGUCGAGACUCUGGUGGAGAAACAGAGUCUAUGCUGCUGAAUGAGACUGUGCCGCAGUGGGUCAUCGACAUCACUGUAGACAAAAACAUGCCCAAAUUCAACAAAAUCCCCUUCUACCUCCAGCCACAUUCAUCCUCUGGUGCGAAGACACUGAAGAAGGACCGUCUGUCAGCGAGUGAUAUGCUGCAGGUGAGGAAGGUGAUGGAGCAUGUGUAUGAGAAGAUCAUUAAUCUGGACAGCGAGUCUCAGACUGGAGGAUCUGCAGCAGAAAAGCCCAGCGAGCAGAAGGAGGACGAGGAGAUGGCGGUGCAGGCCGAGGAGAAGAUCGAGCUGCUCUGCCAGGAUCAGGUUUUGGACCCCAACAUGGACCUGCGAACAGUGAAGCACUUCAUCUGGAAGAGCGGCGGUGACCUGACGCUUCACUACCGGCAGAAAUCAACGUGAAACUCUCAUGCAUACACACUUCCAUUAAAAAGCACACUCACCCGCACUCACGCUUCAGUCUGGAGAUGUGAGGAGAAACGCUGGACAAACGCAGAAACACUCUUUCAGUUUCUACUUUAUUUUUGUUUUUCUCUCAUUUCACAUUCCAGUGAUGUGUUUGUUGCCAAUGACGUCUUCAGAUCUGCGGAACUGCUUUAAAAAAACAACCGUGAGUCUUGAAGGAGCACUGAAGAACUCCGUUUCCCAUGAUGCAUCUCUCUCACUGACGUGCUGUGGUCAUCAGUGCAUCCAUUCUGUACAUAUACUGUAAUUAUUUUGUAGUCCAGUUGGAGCGUAGGAGGUUUUUAUUUACCUUUUCUGUUUUUAAGAAAACGUACGGUGUCUACAAAAAGGUGCUUAUUCAUGUCAAAUAUGAGGAUUCGUAACGUCAUAAAGUAGGAUUAAUUCAUGCAAACAAAAAAAUGCAUGUAUGAAAAUAUGAGGACGAGUUUAAGUAGUGCUGUCAAAUGAUUAAUCACAGUCGAAAUAAAAGGUUGUGUUUAUUUAGAGCAGGGGUCACCAAUCUCGGUCCUGGAGGGCCGGUGUCCCUCCAGGGUUUAGCUCCAACUUGCCUCAAAACACCAGCCUGGGUGUU